AUGGGAGAAAUCAUGGUGGAUAACUUCAACCUUGAAGAAUUCUUCAGUGGAGAUAUUGAUAGCUUCAAUUAUAGCUCUAACCUGCCCCCCAUUCUACCAAAUGCUGCCCCAUGCCACCCCGAAAACCUAGAAAUCAACAGAUACGCUGUGGUUGUAAUAUAUGUCCUGGUAACCCUGCUGAGCCUCCUGGGAAACUCCCUGGUGAUGCUGGUCAUCUUAUACAACCGGAGCACCUGCUCUGUCACUGAUGUCUACCUGCUGAACCUAGCCAUUGCCGACCUGUUCUUUGCCCUGACCUUGCCUUUCUGGGCUGCAUCCAAGGUAAAGGGCUGGACUUUUGGCCCAGCCAUGUGCAAGAUAUUCUCCUUCCUGAAGGAAGUUACCUUCUACAGUAGCGUCCUGCUGCUAGCCUGCAUCAGCAUGGACCGCUACCUGGCGAUCGUCCAUGCCACAAGCACACUGAUCCAGAAGAGACACUUGGUCAAGUUUGUAUGCAUAGCCAUGUGGGUACUGUCAGUAUUUGUGUCCCUGCCCAUCUUAAUUUUUCGUAAUACCGUUAAGGCAAACUCUUUAACCCUAGUCUGCUAUGAGGACAUAGGUAACAACACAGCCAAGUGGAGGGUGGUAUUGCGCUUCCUGCCUCAGACCUUCGGCUUCCUCAUCCCACUGCUGAUCAUGCUGUUCUGCUACGGGUUCACACUGCGCACGCUCUUUAAGGCCCACAUGGGGCAGAAGCACCGGGCCAUGCGGGUCAUCUUUGCCGUCGUGCUUGUCUUCCUGCUCUGCUGGCUGCCCUACAACCUGGUCCUGUUUGCAGACACCCUCAUGAGGACCAAACAGAUCCAGGAGACCUGUAAGCGCCGCAAUGACAUUGACAGGGCCUUGAAUGCUACCGAGAUCCUUGGCUUCCUCCACAGCUGCCUUAACCCCAUCAUCUAUGCGUUUAUUGGCCAGAAGUUUCGCUAUGGACUCCUCAAGAUCAUGGCUACUCAUGGCCUUGUCAGCAAGGAGUUCUUAGCCAAGGAGGGCAGGCCUUCUUUUGUUGGCUCGUCUUCGGGGAACACCUCCACUACCCUCUAAGACUGUCCACCUAAACUGUGGCCCCUCGGGGUUCCUUCUUGUCCUCCAACAUGGCUCAUGUCCGCAGACUCUGGUAUCUGAACUGAUGCAGUCCACACACAUACAGUUACAGGGAGACAGAGGCCAUAUUCUUACCAGAUCCCCCAUUGCAGAGGUAGGUUUAGAACCCCUACCCUGGCUGUUCACUCCCCUUCCGUAUUGGUAUGACUACUGGUAAAUUUGGUCCAUCCUAACACUGGACCCCAAACACUCUUUUCUAAGAAGCGCAAAUUAAAAUUACAGUGAGAUAAUUUCUCCUACCCAUCAGAAUCCUUAUCAGUAAAAGGAAGAGGAAGAGGAGGAGGAGAGAAAACAGCAAGUAUCAUCAAGGAAGUAGAGAAAGGGAAAGUUUCUAACUUACUGGUAAACCUGAAUGAACCAUAGCCCAGGCACAGUGGAACACAGCAUAUCAUUCUCCUUAAAACAUUAAAUAUAGAACUACCACGUAAUCCAGCAAGUCCACCGCUAAGUAGGUACCCAAAAGAAUUGGAAACAAGGGCUCAGACAUUUGUAGGCUGAUGCUAACAGCAGCAUGAGUCCUAAGAGUCAAAGGUCAAAACAACUAAAAUGAUGGCCGAUGAAUGAAUGGGUAAGUUACGCAUUGUCUGUGCACACCACAGGAGACUAUCCCACAAUGAGAAGGAAUAAGAAGCUGAUCCAUGGGGUUGGGGAUUUAGCUCAGUGGUAGAGCGCUUGCCUAGCAAGCACAAGGCCCUGGGUUCGGUCCUCAGCUCCGAGCCGGGGUGGGGGGGUAUGAGGAAGCUGACCCAUGUUGCCACAUGAGUGAGCCUUGAAAGUGUGCGUCCAAGUGGCAGAAGCAAGACCCCCAAGACAAACCUUGCAUGUUUACAUGUAGGAAGUACCAAGAAUAACCAGAUAAUGGUGACUAGAGGCUGGAUGGCGGAGGGGAGUGGGCGUCGGUGUCUGAUGACACAGCCCUAAUUUAGGAUGAUGGAAGAGUCCUGAAGGUG